CGUCUUUGUUUAUAAAUGGAAGCCAUACAAUCUUCUCCCCUUCUCCGCGUAGCUUUCCCUUUCCAUUCUUUUUUCCCGCAAUAUCUCCUCUGAGCAAAUUCAUACACGCAUUCAUUCACGAAUCCAAAUUCUGAACACGCACAAAUCUAUCGAUUUUUGUUCAACCCACCAUCCGAAUCUACUUAUCAUACAUAAUACAGAGAUAUCUGUAACUAAACUUUAUCAUAUCUUCAGAGUAUUCAGAAAUUUCUGCUUCCUUGUUUUACCACGUGAUUUUUACUUCAUCGCAAAUCGGCUUUUCGUGCUUUUGCGAUGAAAACAAUGAAACUCGCGACUAUGCAGCCGUGUUGUCGGAUUCUUAAUCGGAGGAGCUUGCGCUUUCCUGUCUUGAAGCCCCACCCUCCUUCGCCCUCCCUCAAUUCGUUGAGUUUCCGGGCGUUUCACCGCUGCCCGUCACUCGUUCCUAGGACCCAGAAGCCCAUUUUUUGUCUGUCCAAUUUUAGUUGGGGCCAAUCGAGGGUUCUCUUGAGGCCUUGUGAUAGUAGGGGUUUCCAUUUGGUUGCCAGUGCUACUUCUAAUCUCCGGGAAUUCUCCAGCACCGUCGAACCCCGGAAAAAUGAAAAGAAUUUCGAGAGGAUUUAUGUUCAGGGGGGGCUAAAUGUGAGGCCCCUGGUGGUGGAUCAAAAUGCUUCUCUGAAUAGGGAGGGGAUUGAAAAAGCUGAGCAAAUUGAAGAGUUGAAAGUGGGGACAAAGGAGUCUGAGGUUGAAAAGGAGGCGUGGAAGCUAUUGGAAAACGCUGUAGUUAGGUAUUGUGAUAGCCCAGUUGGGACCCUGGCCGCCUGUGAUCCUAAUGAUAAGACACCCCUUAAUUAUGAUCAAGUGUUCAUAAGGGACUUUGUUCCAUCAGCCCUUGCAUUUUUGCUCAAGGGGGAGAAUGAGAUUGUGAAGAAUUUCCUCCUUCAUACCCUGCAACUGCAGAGUUGGGAGAAAACUGUUGACUGUUACAGUCCAGGGCAAGGGCUCAUGCCUGCGAGCUUUAAAGUAAGAACUGUGGCUCUCGAUGAAAACAAGUUUGAAGAAGUUCUUGACCCUGACUUUGGGGAAUCAGCAAUUGGACGUGUUGCACCCGUUGAUUCAGGCUUGUGGUGGAUUAUCUUAUUGAGAGCAUAUGGGAAGAUCACCGGUGACUUUGCCUUGCAAGAAAGAGUGGAUGUACAGACUGGAAUUAAACUAAUACUGAACUUGUGUUUGUCUGAUGGCUUUGAUAUGUUUCCUACUUUGCUAGUAACUGAUGGAUCUUGCAUGAUAGAUCGGCGUAUGGGAAUACAUGGCCAUCCACUUGAGAUUCAAGCCUUAUUUUACUCGGCUCUUAGGUGCGCCCGUGAAAUGCUUGCUUUAGAUGAAGGAUCAAAGAAUUUGGUGAGAGCUGUUAACAACAGGCUCAGUGCUUUAUCAUUUCACAUUAGGGAAUACUAUUGGGUUGAUAUGAAGAAGAUAAAUGAAAUAUACCGAUAUAAGACAGAAGAGUACUCCACAGACGCUACUAACAAGUUCAAUAUUUAUCCUGAACAAAUUCCUUCUUGGUUAAUGGACUGGAUUCCUGAGGAAGGUGGUUAUCUUAUUGGGAAUUUACAGCCAGCUCACAUGGACUUCAGGUUCUUCACGCUAGGAAAUCUUUGGUCGAUUGUCUCAUCUCUGGGUACCCCAAAACAAAAUGAGGCUAUCCUAAACUUGGUUGAAGCUAAAUGGGAUGAUCUUAUUGGUCAUAUGCCUCUUAAGAUUUGUUAUCCUGCUUUGGAGUCUGAAGAAUGGCGUAUAAUCACGGGAUGCGACCCAAAGAAUACGGCUUGGUCAUAUCAUAAUGCAGGAUCUUGGCCAACACUUCUCUGGCAGUUCACACUGGCAUGUCUAAAGAUGGGCAGAACAGAUUUGGCUAGUAGGGCCGUAGAGUUGGCUGAGAAAAGGCUUCCACUGGACAAAUGGCCGGAGUACUAUGACACAAAACAUGGGAAUUUCAUAGGAAAACAGUCCCGACUCUACCAAACCUGGUCGAUAGCUGGUUAUCUGACAUCCAAGAUGCUCUUGAGAAAUCCUGAAAUGGCGUCCUUCUUGUCCUGGGAAGAAGACUACGAGCUUCUUGAGAUAUGCAUAUGUGCUCUCAGCAACAAAUCGGGCAAGAGAAAGUGCUCCCGCGGUGCUGCCAAGUCUCAGAUCCUCGUCUAGUUACAGUUUCAUUCAAUCUUUCUCAAAGAUUGGCCCGUACAGCUAGUUAGGAUACACAAAUAUUUUUGGGGGUAAAUUUCAACCCCAAAUGGAGAAAGAAAAUGAUUCUUUUCAGGCUGUAGAAAAUGGCUAUUUAUUUGUAAAGCCAUGUAAUUAUAGUGUAGUUUGGUAUGGCUUUGGCCAUGUAAUUAUAGGCUACAUUUAUCUGUGCAGAAUAUCAUAUCAUAUAUAGUACAAUAAUACUUGGUA